AUGAAAAUAGCAGUAAUAGGUGCUGGUCCAGCAGGUUUAUGUGCACUUAAAACUUGUUUAGACGAAAAUUUCAAUUGUGAUGUUUUUGAAAAAAGUGGUGUCAUUGGUGGUGUAUGGAAUUAUAAUGAAAAGAUUGGUAUAGACGAAUUUGGAAUUCCUAUUCAUAACUCUGUAUAUGAAGAAUUAAGAACAAACUUACCAAAGGAAUUAAUGCAAUUUGAAAAUUUUCCAUUUAAAGGUCCGCUAUCUUUUGUCUAUCCACCAGAUGUUAUAAAUUAUGUAAAUAAAUAUGCAGAUGCUUUUAAUUUACUUCCUCAUAUACAGUUCCAUAAAAAUGUGGAAGAAAUUCGACCACUCCCAAAUAAUCGAUGGAAAAUUAUUAUUCGUGAUUUAAAACCAAUGAAACAAGAAUUAAUAAUUUGUGAAUACGACGCUGUUGUUAUUUGUGUGGGAAAUUUUAAUAAACCGUUCAUUCCAAGUUUUAAAGGAUUGGACAAAUUUAAAGGAUCAAUUAGGCAUAGUAUUACUUAUAGAAAAGCUGAUCUAUAUAAGAAUGGCAAAGUAUUACUAGUUGGAAGUGGACCAUCCGGAUCAGACAUAACAAGACAGCUUAGUAAAGUUGCUGAAAAAGUCAUAUUAAGUCAUCGCAGUCCUCUAGAGAAUAAUAUUACAUUUUCUGAGAAUGUUAAAACCAAACCAGAAAUUGCAGAGUUCAGAGAAAAUACGGUUUUGUUUAUAGACGGAACUGAAGAGGAUAUUACUGAUGUUUUAUUAUGUACAGGUUACUUAUUUGAUUACCCUUUUUUGACAAACGAAUGUGGAAUAGAAGUUGAGGACAAUUACGUAAAAUAUUUGUAUAAACAAAUCAUAAAUGCAAAACACCCUACCAUGGCGAUUUUAGGUGUACCACAUACAACCUUUUUAUUUAUAAUGUUUGGAAUACAGAUCAGAUUUUUUAUUGCCUAUUUAAAAGGUCAAUUUACAGCUUCAAAAGAAACAAUGAUAGAUGAUGCUAUACUUUUCCAAAAACGUCAAAAGGAAAAGGGCGUGUCUUUGUCAAGAGUAAAUCACGAGUAUUAUGAUGACUUAUCAGAAACAGCAAAAAUUCCAAAUUUACCAUCCGUAUGUCAGAAAUUGUUCGACCACGUUGAGGAUAUUGGAAUACUUAAAUUUCAAGAAAACUAUAAAAUUUUAAACGACCAAGAGUUUAUUAUUGUUUAG